UGUAUGUGGAAGAGACAUCUCAUCAUCUCCUGCAUCAUUUUAAUAAAGAAAAACAACUGCAUAAACACUUGGAAGGCAUUAAGGAAGACAAACAUCUCAUGCAGCUGUGAAGGUGGCAGGCGCUGCAGACGCAACAUUGUGGUCGCAGACGUCAUCAGCAUCUGAGCGCGGUCUCGGUCUAGUGGGAUGCUUGUUGCUGUAUUUUGCUAUCUGAAGAAUUUAAACAUUGUCAGAAACGCUCACAACAUUUCCAACCCCCAGUUCGAUUGUAGACAUUGAAAUGAUACCAAUGGAUACACAGAUAGGACAACAGGAGAAAGAUGAGAUGGUCGUCACCCGAAGCACAUCUCUACUCUCCCCACAGCUAAAAGCCAUGAUCCGAAUCAAGAAAAAAUACCUGAAGAAACUGCGUCCAGAACAUGGCUCCAAUUCAGCCCGGUUGGGUCAUAACAAUUCAGACUGCAUAAAUUCAGAUGUGAAUUUGCAACCUAAGAAGCCUAAGAAGAAGUCCAGGCGUCGGGUGAUGUUCCCGAAUCACACACUGAUGUGCAAACCAAAGAGGGAGCGCAGCCGAGCGAAACCUUUCCUGAUCUUCUUCAGCAUUAUCAUCUUCAUUCAGGUCUACAACGCCAUCGAAAACUUGGACGACCAUGUUUUAAAGUAUGAUCUUGAAGGAUUAGAGAAGACGUUAGACAGGGAGUUGUUCGGACAGCAGGAGGCGCUAGAGGAGCUAAUGGAUCAUCUGAAAGAUUACCUAUCCACUUACACCCACCAGCAACCCCUCGCCCUGUCUUUCCACGGGCCGUCUGGCGUUGGCAAAAGCCACCUGGGUCGCGUGCUUACGCGCCACUUCCGCUCCGUGAUAGGCGACAAGCUGGUGGUGCAGUAUUUUUCGAAGCAUCACUGCCCCCUAAAGGACGCGGCACAGGAUUGCGCUUCCAAACUCGCUAAACGUAUAAUCGAGGUAGUAACUCGAGCCGAAGAGGAAGAGCAAAUUCCCUUCUUCAUCCUAGAUGAGGUGGAACUGAUGCAACCUCCGCUGCUGGAUGUAUUGAAGACGUUUCUUCGGUCAGAUCAGACGAAUGAGUUUCUUAACGUUGUUUAUGUUUUUCUAAGCAGCCUGGGCCAAAGGGAAAUAACAGCUCACAUCCUGCACAACGCCUCGACUGCCGGAGUUCAUAAAUCACUCCGGCAGGCCCUGACUUUCAUCCAUCCGCUGUGGACAGAACCCACAGUGGAGAUUAUUCCUCUGUCCCUACUGGAGCGUGAACAUGUCAUCCGAUGCUUUAUGGAGGAAAUGACCCUCGAGGGCUUUUACUCCGACACCAACCAGGUAGAAGCACUGGCAGAUGAGCUGGCCUAUCACAGAGCGGCUGGAAAACAGUAUGCAAAAACCGGCUGCAAACAAGUAGUGGGGAAAGUUAACCUGCUAUGAGAGGAACGUACACACUUUUAAAAAUAAAGGUGCUACACGAUACCACAGAAGAACCAUUUUAGCUAUAUGGAUCUGUAGAACCAUUCUGUUGCAAGGAGAAAAUGGUUCUUCACUCUCAGAAAAAAUGUACAAGAGCUGUCAUUGGACAGUUCCUUUGAGGAAAAAGUCCCAGUAUGUACAUUUUAAGUACAGAUAUGUAUGCAGACGACUCAGGACCAGAUCCACACCGGAUUCGUUCCAGACCAGUGCAGAUCUGGCCCGGUACGUUUUGGGUACUAAUGCCGCGUUCCAGGCAACUUGUAACCCGUGUUUUUCCAACCUUCUACCAGUGAAAGUGCACUGGAAUGGCAGUCAAACCUGUGACUUCCCACCCGUGAACUCGUAUUAGAUCGAUGUACUCCCAGUUCCGUGUCGUGGUUUUGAAGUUGUGAUUUAUGGGCUCAAAAACCUGCCUGGAACGCAGCAUAAUAUGCAUCCUUUAGGUACAAAUAUGUACUUUGUGAAGGGGUACCACCCCAGUGAGCUUUUGAUCAUUUCAUCUGCGAGUUUACAGAAUAUAUGAAAUGGUUCUUUCACUUAAAAGGUUCUUUGGAGAACCAAAAAUGGUUCUUCUAUGGCAUCGAUGCAUAAACCCUUUUUAAAAAAAAAUUAAGAUCUACUUGAAAGUGAGUAUCACUAUAGAGCACCCUUUAUGCUUUUAACCCAAGCAAAAACAUCUUUUGUUUAGCUGUCAAAGAUAUUCUCUAAAAACGCUGGGAUGCUUUUAACCCAUGAUUGGUCAAAAAGAGACAACCCAACCACUGUGUUUAAAUAAACCUUUGUUGGGUUGUUUCAGCCCAAAUUGCUGAAUUGUUUCAAACCAUGGUUGGGUAAAACAUUUUCUAUGCUAAUUUAACCCAAUGGUUGGGUUUGUCACUUUUUGACCCAUGGGUCAGCAUUUUUAAAGUUUAGGGUAAAGUUUUUGCUAUGAAAUAUCAUGUAUGCCACAAUGCACACUCCAAGGCAGCGGUCUCCAACAUGGUGCUCUAAGGAGCUGUUUAUACCUGGUAUUAAGAUGCAUUUUGGUCGAUCGGAUCGCAAGUGGACAAGAGAGACACAUGAUUCAAAAUAAAGCAGCACGUGUGGCUCUUUCUUGUGGGUUUAAAACAAAUGUUGAUAAAAUGCAUGAAAGCCUUUCAUGGUUUAAAGUUAAAAACAGAUUUGUGUAUUCACUUAUGUGUUUUUUAUAUAAAGUUAUAAUGAACAAAACACCGGUUACCUUAUAUACAAAAUUAUCCUUUAGUACUGAUAUACAUCAUUAUCCAACAAGGCAUGCAAUUGAGGGUAGUUUUAUUUUGCCUAUAGUGAAGACCGAAUCAAUUCAACGUUCAGUUAUGUACAGAGCUAUGUGUGAAUGGAAUUCUCUCCCAAAUGCUAUGAAACAACAAAAUACUUAUCAUGGGUUUAAAAUAUCAUCAAAGAAAUAUUAUCUUCAAAAAUAAUUCAAUAUUUAACAUUAAUUAGAGAGAUUCUGGUAGACCGUAGAGGUCACUUGUUAUUUUAUUUUUGAUUUAGAUCUGAGUUUUAUUUUUAUUUGUUGUUGUGUCAAAUGUUUAUUUUAAAUGUGUGUAAUGUGAAGUGAUGUGUGUAAUGUGUAGAUGUAAUUAUGUAAUAAAUGUAUUGUCACAUGAAAAGUUUAUAGGACCCCAGGAAGAAUAGCUUUUAGCUUAUGCUGAAGCUAAUGGGGAUCCAAAUAAAAACAAACAAAACAAACAAACACAUUCAUGUUCACACCUGAUAUUUUAAUCUGUCUCUUUUGUCCACUUUUGACCGCUUCAGUCCUGAUUACUGAGUGGGUGGUCUCUGGGCAAAACCCUCUGCUUUCGUUUAAACAAUAGCGGAAGAUAUGACGGGUUUAAAAUGACGCAAACUAAUAUUAUGUCAGAGUCCGCUGCUUGUGUUGUUAGUAAACAUGCUGCACAAUGUUUUGUACAUGUAUAUGUAAGAGGUUUCUUUGAUAUUUCAGAGCACUUGAUAAAAUAAGCUUGAGCAACUUUCAAACGCUUGCAAAAUGAAACAAAUGAUGGAGGCAGAGAGUAGAAAGUAGAGUUCUCAACGGGUCUGAAAAUUACAACCCGACCCGACCUGGCUUUUAAAGCCCGGACCCGAUGUAACCCGACACAUCAACGUGAAUUAUCUGUCCGAACGCGACCUGCGGCCCAACGCACACGCUAUUAUCAUGACACUCAAAAGAACGAUUUAAUCGCAAAUCAGAUGUUGCUUUUUAGUUAAAAAAAAAGAGAAAUAGUCUGAAGAUUCAAAGUCUAUGAGUGUAAACUGUAAAAAUGCUGGGUUGUUUUAACCCAUUG